AAACACACCUCAAACACCCAGUGAAAUUUUUCAAUCAGAAAAAAAACUAUAAUUGAAUACUUGACGUGAUAAUAAAAUACAAAUUUGUAACAAAAUACAAAAAAAAAAUUAAAAUAAAAUUUGUUACGAGUAAAAUGAUGUCAAGUAAUAAUGAUGAAAAUAUUUUAAUCACAACUUAUAACUUUUAGUAUUUUUUUGAAAUGUGUGAACACAUGACGACAAAUGACUCGUAAGGAGCGUGUGUAGGUAAAAAUAAAUAAUAAUGAAUGAAAAAUAUAUAUAAAGAAAAAAUAUUAUUAUCAGAAAUUAUUUUUUUUGCGCGAGAGAAAUUAAAUAUAUAAAAUAAACACACUCUCGGUGUGCUCGCAAGACAAGAAAAAGGCAUGGUGAAUAUUUGAUAAACGAAAAAAAAAAUUGAAAAAAAAAAUCAAUCGAAAAAAAGAACAGAACGCCAUCAAUUAUAAUAUUAAAUUAAUAAGUAAUCGCAUACACACACUGCAAAAAGAGAGAUUUUUAUUUUUCAAUUAACCGGCAGACAGUGAAUAACACUUGUGUGUGGUGCAAAAUGAAUAAUGUUAAUUGUAGUAAUUGUGAUGCCCCUGAAUGGAACAAGAACAAGUUGAAGUUGCUGACAAAAAAUAGUUUCGUGAAUAAGAUGCUUAACUUAAUUUAUAUAAUUGCACUUGUGACACUUCUAAUGGACAGUCUCGUGUGUACAUUAACGCAAGCGGAGGCUGCACAACAGUACGAGAAUAUCACGAGACUCACAAAAGUAGCGCCGCCCGAGACGUCGUCCCUCUCCGAUCGACUAUCGACGAUAUUUGCCACAUCGCCAACGUCUCCGGGCUCGCCUCGUGCUCUUCUUUCCUCAUCCUCCGCACGAAAUGUCAAUUGCACCUACCUGCACGACACCAACAAACUCAAAAGCUCUCUCAACGAUCAGUCGGCGAUCAGCGAUUAUUCCGAAUCUGCCUCCGGUAGUCUCGAAGAUCACAGAUCGCUUGAGGAAAAUGUGCGCGGAAGAAUUCCCGUGCUCGGUGAUCCCGAAGAGAGUUACCGUCCCAUCUCGACUUGUCAAACGUGCAAUCGUUCGCAUGACGAUAUCAUUGCUGCCAAUUUAAAGUCCAUUCAGGAUCUUUUGCUGCUGAAAUUGGGAUUUUCGAAGCCGCCAAAUAUGACGAAUAAGCAUGCGAUUCCGCAUGUUCCGCAGAAAAUUGUUGAUGACUUUCUGAAGAAGCAUCAUUUGCACAAACAGGGAAAAGGCAGACUGGGAUCGUUCGACGAAGGCAUGAUGGGCGACGAUCCGAAUGUCAUGAAUAAAUUUUAUGACAAUUAUCCGCGGGAACUUUAUGAAGAAGAGGACGAUGACUACUUUCCCAUCACAGAACGCGUCUAUGUUUUUCCUAAAACACCCGUCAAACUACGACAUGGAGCGAAGCAACGAAAUGGUCACACGGAUGUCCUGCAAUUUCACUUUAACACGGUGAAACAUUCGCAAGUUACCAAGGCGAUUUUGCAUAUUUUUGUGCAUAGCGAGCAGUGGUUGGCGGAACACGAUCCGGCAAAGAAACACGAAAAAACGUUCAAUGUGACGGUGCACAAAGUGAAGCGGACUUCAAAGGCGUAUCAGCAGCUCGUGAGUUUCCACGAAGGACAUGUGCCGAAGACGAAGGGACAUUAUUUGAGUGUUGAUGUGACGAGUAUGGUGGAUGAGUGGUACCGGAAUCCGCCGAGUAAUUAUGGAACAAUUAUAAAAGUUAAUGGACAAAAUGGGCAUAAGUUGGUUGUUUUGAAUAGUGGCGAUCGAGAUCAUGCACCCUAUAUUGAAAUGUUACUCGAAGACACACGAAAACGUCGCACCAAACGCAGUCUCUCGCUCACGUGCAACAAAGAAGACAACGAGAAACGUUGUUGUCGCUAUCCCCUCAUGGUAGACUUCCGCAAGUUCGCAUGGGACUGGAUUAUUGCGCCAAAUGACUACAUGGCAAACUAUUGUGCGGGCGAGUGCACAAUCACAUUCCUGUCGAAAUACAUGCACACGCAUGUCUGGCAACUAAGUACGUCGGCAACUCCUUGCUGCUCACCCACGAAAAUGGCGCCGCUCAUCCUCUUGUACUACGACACCAACUACAACGUCGUCCAAAGCACCAUCCCGAACAUGGUUGUCGAGAAAUGCAGUUGUAGUUAA